UGCAACACCGGUCCCAUCCAGUGCUGCGAAGACACCACUGAGACGAACUCGCCCACGGGCAGCGCCAUCAUCACGCUGCUCGGGCUUGCGCUCGAGUCUACCGGAGACCUCCUCGCCAUCAACUGCAGCCCGAUCAAUACUGGCUCCGUGGACGGUUCCACCUGUGCACAAACUCCCGUCUGUUGCGACAACCACUCCUAUGGAGGACUUGUGAACAUAGGCUGCGUCCCUAUCUUUUUGUGA